AUGCCACCCGUCGACGCCCAAGCUCCGUCCCAAAAACCCGCCGAACCCAUCCUCUUCUCCUUCUCGGAUUCCGACCAACUUUCUCGCAACCUUGCCGAUUUCGUCAUCAAAGCCCAGAACGAUGCUAUUCAACGACGAAACAAGUUCACCCUUGCCACUUCCGGUGGUUCGCUCCCUAAAAUGCUCGCAAAGUAUUUGGUGAACCGGGACGAUAAUGCAUUGCGGUGGGAUAAGUGGGAAAUCUUCUUCUGUGAUGAAAGACUCGUUCCUCUGGAUCACGAAGACUCCAACUACUACCUUUGCCAUCAGGAAUUCUUCAGCAAGGUUCCGGAAUUGAAGAGAAGUCAAAUCCACACCAUCGACGAAUCGCUGCUUAACGAUCCCGAGGAACUUUCUGACGCCUACGAAAAACAGCUAGUUCAGGCAUUCGCCGGGAAGGAAGCCGUACGCAACCCAGUGUUUGACCUGAUUUUGCUCGGAAUGGGUCCAGAUGGUCACACUUGCUCUCUCUUCCCUGGACAUGAGCUGUUGACGGAACAAGACAGAUGGGUUGCCCCCAUCGAAGAUAGCCCCAAACCGCCCGCAAAGCGAAUCACUUUCACCUACCCCGUACUGAACCACGCUCAUAGGCUAGCAUUCGUCUUGGCAGGUGAAGGAAAACAGGAAAUGUUGAGUAAGGUCUUGGAUCAGCCAGAAUUGGGUUUGCCAGCUAGCAGAGUCAGACCUAGUCCACCAGGCGAUAUUUACUUCUUCACCGAUAACGCCGCUAGUAAGACUACUAAGUACCAGAGGAGCGAUUUUAAGCUCUAA